GGGAUAAGGACCUAUCCCGGAGUGCCGCCGUCAGUAAUUCAGCACCCAUGCCCGCGGGAGGAAAGGCCAACCGGAACACCUGUGCUCCGCCUGCACCUCAGAAGCCCCCCAACCGCCUGAUCAAUGAGAAGUCGCCCUACCUCUUGCAACAUGCCCACAACCCGGUGGAUUGGUACCCCUGGGGACAGGAAGCCUUCGACAAAGCCAAGAAAGAAAACAAGCCAAUUUUUCUCUCAGUGGGGUAUUCCACCUGUCACUGGUGUCAUAUGAUGGAGGAGGAGUCCUUCCAGAAUGAAGAGAUAGGGCGUCUGCUCAACGAGGAUUUUGUGAGUGUGAAGGUGGACCGAGAGGAGAGGCCAGAUGUGGACAAAGUAUACAUGACCUUUGUACAGGCCACCAGCAGCGGAGGGGGUUGGCCCAUGAAUGUGUGGCUGACCCCCAACCUCCAGCCGUUCGUCGGGGGCACCUAUUUCCCACCAGAGGAUGGUCUGACUCGAGUUGGCUUCCGAACAGUGUUGAUGAGAAUCCGUGAGCAGUGGAAACAGAACAAGAACACCCUACUGGAAAACAGCCAGCGCGUUACCACGGCCCUGCUGGCCCGGUCUGAGAUCAGCGUGGGAGAUCGGCAGAUGCCGCUCUCUGCUGCUACCAUGAACAGCCGCUGCUUCCAGCAACUGGACGAGGGCUAUGAUGAGGAGUACGGCGGUUUUGCUGAGGCCCCCAAGUUUCCCACCCCUGUGAUCCUCAGCUUCCUGUUCUCCUAUUGGCUCAGUCACCGGCUCACCCAGGAUGGCCCCCGGGCUCAGCAUAUGGCCUUGCACACCCUGAAAAUGAUGGCCAAUGGGGGCAUCCAGGAUCAUGUUGGGCAGGGCUUUCACCGUUACUCCACGGACCGCCAGUGGUACAUCCCCCACUUUGAGAAGAUGCUGUACGACCAGGCCCAGCUAUCUGUGGUCUAUGCCUACGCCUUCCAGAUCUCCGGUGAUGAAUUCUACUCCGAUGUUGCCAAAGGCAUCCUGCAGUAUGUGACCCGGAGUCUGAGCCAUCGGUCUGGAGGCUUCUACAGUGCAGAGGACGCAGAUUCUCCCCCAGAGCGGGGCGUGAAGCCCAAAGAGGGUGCUUUCUAUUUGUGGACGGUCAAAGAGGUCCAACAGCUACUUCCAGAGCCUGUGGUAGGCGCCAGUGAGCCGCUGACCUCGGGCCAGCUCCUGAUGAAGCAUUAUGGACUCACCGAAGCAGGCAAUAUCAACUCCUCUCAGGACCCCAAGCCGGAGCUGCAAGGCCAGAACGUUCUGACGGUGCGGUAUUCACUGGAGCUGACUGCAGCCCGCUUUGGCCUGGAUGUGGAGGCUGUGAGCACGUUGCUCAGCGCGGGGCUUGAGAAGCUCUUCCAGGCCCGGAAACGUCGGCCGAAAGCCCACCUGGAUAACAAGAUGUUGGCUGCCUGGAACGGCCUGAUGGUGUCUGGCUUUGCUGUGACGGGGGCUAUCCUGGGCAUGGAUAAGUUGGUCACUCAGGCAACCAACGGUGCCAAAUUCCUCAAGCGGCACAUGUUUGAUGUGGCCAGUGGCCGCCUGAAGCGGACAUGCUAUGCUGGUCCCGGGGGAACGGUGGAGCACAGCAACCCACCCUGCUGGGGCUUUCUGGAAGACUAUGCCUUCGUGGUGCGGGGCCUGCUGGACCUGUACGAGGCCUCACAGGAGAGCUCCUGGCUUGAGUGGGCUCUGCGUCUGCAGGACACACAGGACAAGCUCUUCUGGGACUCCCGAGGUGGCGGCUACUUCUGCAGCGAGGCUGAACUGGGGUCAGGCCUGCCUCUACGUCUGAAGGAUGACCAGGAUGGUGCAGAGCCCAGUGCCAACUCCGUGUCUGCCCACAACCUGCUUCGGUUACACGGCUUCACUGGCCACAAGGACUGGAUGGACAAGUGUGUGCACCUGUUGACGGCCUUCUCCGAGCGCAUGCGCCGCGUCCCGGUGGCAUUGCCUGAGAUGGUCCGUGCCCUCUCAGCCCAACAGGAGUCUCUUAAGCAGAUUGUGAUCUGUGGAGACCCCCAGGCCAAGGACACCAAGGCCCUGCUGCAGUGCGUCCACUCCAUCUACAUUCCUAACAAGGUGCUGAUUCUGGCUGAUGGAGACCCAUCGAGCUUCCUGUCCCGGCAGCUUCCCUUCUUGAGCACCCUCCGACGAGUAGAGGACCGGGCUACAGCUUACAUAUUUGAGAACCAAGCCUGCUCCAUGCCUAUCACGGAGCCCUGUGAACUACGAAAGCUGCUACACUAAUGACUGCCCAGAAACCUUUCAGCUGGGCCAGAAGACGAAAUUUUCCAGCUGACUAGAGACUCAGGUCUUUCAAGGCUCUGCUGAACCUACAGCCACCCCUGGGAAUUCUACCACCAAGUGGUCACAUCUAUCCUUGAGGCUCCCCCAUGGGCACCUACUCAUGAAAUAAACCUAACAGCGUCCCGUGGUGA